CUGAACUGGACCUGGACUAAAGCGGGACUAAAACUAGACUAAACCAGGACUAAAGCAGGACUAAACUAGGACAAAAAACUGGACUAAACCAGGACUAAACAAGAUUAGACCAGGUCUAAAUCAGGACAAAAUCAGGACUAAACUAAGACUAAACCAGGACUAGAACUGGACUAAAGCAGGAUUAAAGCUGGUCUAAACUAGGACUCAAGCAGGGCAAAACCAAUAUGAAACCAGGAGCAAACCUGGUCUAAACCUGGACUUAGUCAGAACUGAACAAGGACUAAACCAGUAUUAAACCAGGCCUAAACCUACUUUAGAUGGAGACCCUGCGCAGAGUCCUGGUGUUUGUGGCCAAAGACCGGUCCAGUCCUCAGAAAGUCCAGUUCCUGCAGAGCGUGGUGGGACUUUUGGACAGUGCAGACGAUGAGCUGAAGGUGAACUUUAAACUGGAGCAAAACCAGUUCAUCUUGAUAAAAGACUCCAGUCCCCAACAAGUCCCUCUGAGGAGACCAUCCUUCUGUCCGAUCAAGCACCUCUCCAUCACAGAGGCUGCUGCAAUCCCACUGGACGUCAGGCAGAGGGGAGUGGAUGUGGGAGUGGCCAUUCUGCUGCAGUCGUCCGAUCAGAGGCUUCUCCUGACACGACGAGCUAAACACCUGAGAAUCUUCCCCAACGUCUGGGUCCCCCCAGGUGGACAUAUUGAACCAGACGAGACGGUCCUGGAGGCUGGACUCCGGGAGCUGAAAGAGGAAACUGGACUCCAUCUGGAGCAAGACCAGGUUCAUACCCGGAUCCUGGGACUUUGGGAGUCGGUGUUUCCUGCGAUGUUGAGCAGAGGACUUCCUCAGAGACAUCACAUCGUGGUCUACAUCCUCCUCAUGACCCCCAGAGACCACCAGCAACUGCAGGAGGACCUGAGUCCAUCGGCACUGGAGGUGAGUGCCUGUCUGUGGGCGGAGCCUCGUCUGAUCCGAGCCGCUUUGUCCAAAGAGGACUACAGCAAAGACUCAGUCAGGGCCUAUGAGGUCUCGCUGGAGGGGUCUCUCAAGGGAGUCUCGAUCCCAGUCUCGGUCUUCAAGACCUCGGCUCCGGAUCAUGGACCGGAUCUGGAGAGGAUCAGCACUGGGACCAAGUAUGCCCUGAGACUGUGGCUCCAGGACCUAACCGGACCUGAGACUGGACUGGAUCUGAAUCCGGACUGGAGCUAAGCCAGAUCUGGUGGACUGCGGUGGAAAAGUCUUGUGAUGAGACCAAGAGCUGUGGUGGUUUGCGC